GGUCGCUUCACCGCCGGUUCCCGGCUCCCCGUCAUGCUGCGGCUGCUGCUCCCCUUGGCCGGGCUGGCGGCCAUCCUCCGGGCCGCGGAGCACAGUGUGUGAUGUUUUAGCCUCUUUUCAACAUAAUUGCAUCCUGUUAGACCAGCAUAUGCUGAAAUAGGUGUUGAGCCUUGGGAGCUGUACAUGUAGUGGAAGUGAGUAGGAGGCUUCGUUGACCCAAGGCAUCCCUUCAUAACCACAUUAUUGCCUACUGGAGACUCCUGCAGAACAAAAGGGACCGGUCAGGAAGCCAAGAUGAUCUCCUUCAAGCAACUGUCCCUUGAAGCAAAGGCUGCAGUGGCUGCAGGAGUGGUUUUCCUCUCCAUGAUGGUGUCGCGGAGUUACCUGUCAGAAAAGCUCGAUCUCAGGAUGCGGCGCUGGCUCAUGCGGCUGCAGACAGCGCUGUUUGCGAAUGCACUCAUGUUGAUAGGAUCUCUUCAUGUGUGGAGAAGUAUAGUCACCACGUUCUCCAAGGCUUCAGUUGCCAGCUCGUUCUGUUUCAUGCCCUGGAAGAUAGCUGUGUUCAUGUUUCUGGCUCUGGCUCAUUCAAGCUUCUUCACGUUGCUAUUUCUUGUUGCGGAAGAGCCCUAUUUCUUUUCUUUAGCUGCCUACACUUGCCUGGGGGCCUAUAUCAUUCUGAUCUUCUUCCUUUUCACUCUAGGCUCUGUAGAGCAGGCUUACAAGUUGUUGGCUGGAAAAGGUGCUAGAGCAGGCACUGGCAACAAGAACAGACCAGCGAUGAAACCAGUGUUGGCAGUGCUGCUGACUGCCGUGCUGACUGUUGUGGGGCUGUUAAAUGCUUCCCAGCCUCCUGCUGUGAAUUCUGUGGAGGUUCCAGUUCACAAGCUGUCCUCAACAAUGAAUAACCUGAAAGUGGUGUUGCUUUCAGAUAUCCAUCUGGGGCCUACAGUUGGGAAGACCAAGCUUGCCAUGAUUGUGAGGAUGGUUAAGGCUUUAAAACCAGAUAUCACUGUGAUUGUUGGCGACCUGACUGACGCUGAGGCAGAGAUCAUCCGACCUGCUGUUGAGCCUCUUGGAGAACUUGCUUCCCCUCUGGGGACUUACUUUGUCACAGGAAACCACGAGUACUACACGUCAGAUGUUAGCAACUGGUUUGAGCUGCUAAAAUCAUUUAACAUUCGGCCGCUGCAUAAUGAGAAUGUGAAGAUUGUUUCACCACAGAGCAGUGAGGACUGGUUCUGCCUGGCUGGUGUUGAUGAUAUUGAAGCAAAUGUCUUGCGCUACUCAGGACAUGGCAUGGAUUUAAAGCGAGCCCUGAGAGGUUGCAGCAGCGAGCAUGCAAUAGUGCUGUUAGCUCAUCAGCCUGUUGCUGCCAAGUGGGCCCUUCAGGAGAGACCAGACAUCAACUUAAUUCUCUCUGGCCACACUCAUGGUGGGCAGAUCUUCCCGCUAAAUGCUGGAGCUUAUUUGCUGAACCCAUUCUUUGUUGGCUUGUACAAAGUUGGGCAGAACACCUUUGUGUAUGUCAGCCCAGGGACGAUGUACUUUGGAAUACCCAUGAGGCUGGGCAGCAGAGCUGAAAUAACAGAGAUAAUUCUCCGUUCUUCUUGAGGAGUUUUCCAUUUGACAGACUUGUACCAUCCUUUUUGGUCAGUGUCUUGGCUGUUUUGCUCUGAAAGCACAUCCUGUUUCAGGGAAGCUGGAGAAGAUAUGUUGGGGUGGACUUCAGCAGGUUCUGUUAAGUGUGAGCAGAAAACACCAACUGUAUCUUGGGCCUAUGAAACAAAUGGGGGCAUUUUAAAAUACUGAAGAAAUUAAUUCUUUGUUUUUAUUAUUAUUAUUAUUAUUGAGGUUCUGCAUUUAAAGAUAACACCGAUGUCACAGAGACAACGUGUCCUGUGCGUGUUCAGCAAUAUCUGAGUCCUGCAGCUACUUAAUGUUCCACUGUUCGUUAUCCAUCAGGAGCUGCCUUCUCCAAUCUCAGGCAGGUGAAGUUCUGAUCUCUUGCGGUGAAAUCAUUCGUGCACGUUUCGCAGAAGCGAUUGAAGAGUGUCCACAAAGUCUGUAAACUCAAGAAGUCUUUUGCUAGAAAUGUUCUGGGAAGAGAAUGGUUUUAAGGGUAUUUUUUAAUCUGUCUUCAGCAUGCACUAGAGCUUCCAGUCUGUGUUGUUACCAGUAUUAACAGUUGAGAGGCAUCAGUUCUUGAAAUCCAUUUUUUUCUAGUUAAAAAGCUGGGGAGACUGAUACCAAAGGAUGAAGCAGCUGUGUUUCUGCAGGCAUUUUCCCCAGAGUAAUUGGGCAUAUGAUCAUUACUUGCUGAAAAUAGCUUUAAUAAAAGCAAAUGAGAAAGAAAACUUGGAAUUGCCAAACUUCUCUUGCUGUCUGUGCAUACAGGACCUCCUGAUGUAAAGCAGAAAAUCCAAAGCUGAAAUAGUCAGUCUCUUUUCUCUUCAUUCUGCACAUUUUUUGUUUUUGCUUAAUUUGUCUUCUGUGAUUUUUCUCUUACAAGAGCGAAGAGAUGCUAUUUGAAAACAAUGCAAAUAGGUUAAUGCUUGAACUUUAAGGUUUUGAUAUUUCAAGUAAAGGGUGCCCUUUUUAAGAAUACUGAACUCUGCAGCAGGUGACUUUUCCUAGUAGCAUUUGCGUAUCAAUGUCCUGGUUGUCUGAUAGGCACAUAGCAGAACAACUGCUACAGAAAAAUGAGGGAUGGAGAUUUUCCGUCUGUCUUUCCUAGAAGGGCUUAGCACAAAUCCAUAUAUUUCUGGGCAUAUAAUUCCGUAUAAUUCUUGCCUUUUUUAUCUUUGUGUUCACAUAAGAAAGCCAGGAUGUAAAUUCAUGUGUGUAUAUUGUCCAGGACGAUGAUGUAGUUCAUUUUUGUACAUCUUCCUGUCCUCUCCCCUUCAACCUCAGUGUUGCUGUAUGAAAACCAUGAACAACUCAAGUCUGGGAAUCCUGCCUCUGCCUCUGAAGUCUGUAGCUGCAGCCACAGUGUGUCCCUUGCUCUGCCUUUCUGCCCACCAGUACCUGGGUUCCUCUCAGGCAGACCCAUGUAGCAUGUGGCAAAAGAGAUCAGUGCUUACACAGGAGACUGAGGAUGGCAAGACCAGAUGGUGUUCAAUCUUUUUCUGCUUUCCUUGUGAUCCUGAACCAGACACACUGCUGGUUUGUUCUUCAGCUCCUGUUGUCCUUUUGCAGGAGGAAUUCGGGGUGUAUUUGAACAGUACCCCAGGCUUUGUGAAGUUGAGCUUUUCUUUAUGUGACAUUGCAAAGUUUCACUUCAUCCACUCCCUUCAGACACCCCUGCCCUGGCAGAGUUUCUAACUGAUAAGCUGGUUUUGUAUCCUCUUCCUCUCUUCAAAAUCUUUUAUUUUUACUACAGGAAUAUUGAGAAAUAGGGUAAAUGUAUCAUGUGCUGGAAGGUUGGUGGAAGACUUGGAGGAAUCAAUCCUCUUUUGGUCUAAAAACUGAGCACCUCAUCAGCCAGGCUCUUUACUUGCUGGACUAGAUAAUUAUUGUUGCCCAGCACCUAUAACUUCAUGAACUUCUUUAUGCUUGUGCAUUAAUGUCUGCUUAAUUAUCCUGAAGUUUCCACACGUAUUUAAUACGGGGGUCCAGCUGAAGUUCUUUCCCAUCAGUGGUGUAGUGUCAGAUGGUCUCAUGAAGAGAGAGUCUUGAUAGCCUGUAGCCCUCUUUUUACUUAUCACCAUGCCUUCAGUUAAAAGCAGUAUUCUGGGUUUAGUAGUGCAGAGUAUUCCCUCUAGGCCAGUGGUCCGGGAGGAUAGCUUUUCACUUGUUAGGCUGAGGGUUAUUACUGUGUUAAGCUUAACACAGUAAAUAAUUCCAUAUUUAUUAGAUGGAAUAAAUUUUUAAGCAAGUUUCCUCAUCAGGAUGCUUUUGUGGGAUUGGCUUUAGGUCGUGUUAGUUUCCCAGUGAAUUGCUAGUAUUAUUUUUCUCUUUUUCCUCCCUGUCCUUGUUAGUUCUCCCUUUAUUCUGUCCAAAUGUGUGCAAAAACCUAGCUGAAGUGGGCCUUCCAUCCCAGGGGCGUAUAGAUGGCUUCUUCAUUACUUUGUACGUGCAUCCCUUGGAAGAUCUCCAUGUAUCCUUUCAGGGCCACAUGCACAUCCUUUUAGGAGUGGUCAUAUCAUUUCAUGAAUCUACUGAGUUCUCCCAGUGGAGUUUAGAUCUUGUACAUUAUUUUUCUUUAAGUCUCUGCCUCUGAAAGCUUGAUGGUUAUCACUUCAAAUGAUUUCUUUCUGUGCCAAAACACUCCAAAGCCUUUUCCUGAUUUGCCUUUUUCUUUUUUUUAAGCAUGGAUGGAAAGGAUCCUAGAUCAACGUUCUUUUUAAUAGUGAGAGAAAUUAACCUCUGCUGAAAUCUGACAGCAAUCCCUAAUUGUCCCUCAAGGCUUUUUCUAUACUUUUCCCUGUUUGACUUGAAUAUUCACCAUGUUCACUAUUGACUUGAAUAUUUACUAUGUUCAGUAUUCCAGAUGAGAAGAAAAUUGCUGUGCUGCUUUUUUGUUUGUAAUUAUGUUUUAUUUGAUGUGUAUGGAAUGUAUUUGAUCUGGAGAAAUUAACUGAAUAUAUAUUUCUUCCUCAAAAGGCCAGUUGAGGGGUUGGGGGGAAGUUAAUCACUGUAAGAGUAAUACCAGAAUAGAACAGUGUCAUCACUCUGUGAAACCUAUAUUUAUUACAUUAAAUAAUCACUAUAGAGUGGAUUUGAAAAUAUGUAAAUUGUGGUAUAACAAAUGCUUUAAAUGUUGGGAUUUAAUAAAACUUUAUUUGCUUGUUAA